AUGGACGCCUUCACCCCCCAACAAACCAUCGAGUUGGUCUCGAGGAUAGGAUGCAAGAAGACGCAUAUGAGAUGGGACAAAUUGUUCUGGAAUUCCUUCAUGGCUGGUCCAUUGCUGGGCUUUGGCUGCGCAGUAACGUUGUCAACAGAAGCAGCACCUUGGUACCAACAAAAUGCACCAGGUCUUAUCCGGACUAUCUCAGCCAUGUUCUUCCCGGUGGGGCUCAUCAUGAUAGUCCUCAGCGGUGCGGAUCUCUUCACCUCCAAUGUCAUGUUCAUGUUCACAGCCUUUCUUCAUCGCCGAGCCUCGCUCAUCAGUCUGGCCAUCGUUUGGGUUACCUCUUUUUUGGCCAAUCUCGCGGGGACGCUAUUCUUCAUGGCCAUUGUCACUGGCUAUGGCGGCGUCUUUGAAAUUCCUGCUUACCGCACCGAGGUCAUCAAUUUCGCGACUGCAAAGUGCCUCACCCCUACCUGGGUUCAGAUAUUCUGCCGAGCCAUUGGAGCAAAUUGGCUCGUUUGCUUUGCCGUAUAUGUCUCCAUCUCUUCCCGUGAGAUCGCAUCAAAGAUACUAGCAAUUUGGUUUCCCACAUUUACCUUUGUGGCCCUGGGACUGGAUCACGUUAUUGCAAACAUGUAUUUUAUUCCGGUGGCAAUCUUCUAUGGUCACCCCGACAUUGGCGUUGGCCUCUAUAUCUGGAAGUCGAUGAUCCCGACAACACUUGGCAACGUUGUUGGAGGCGGCUUAUUCGUCGGCGGAAUGUAUUGGUAUUUGUACCUAACUGGUGAGGGGAGCGACAACAUUACGUUCAGCAUUGGAGGCCUAGAUUCCGCAAUGGAGGUCGGUGGACCAAUGGGCCCGUCUCAUCGAAGAUCGGUCCCCAAUUCGGCAAAGGAAGAAGAGGAGAAGGAAAAUAAGAUGGCGAACGGAGAAGGACCUGGGCCAGGCCAUCCCAACCACGUUGCAUCGCUACCCUCGUCAGGUCACACGAUGACCAGCGGGCUAGGACGAGAGUUGACAGCGGAGAAGUACACAAACAGGAAAGGAAUAGCAUCGACCAUUGAGGGCCAGCCAGUUGAAGGGGUUUAG